UAUCAGAUGUCACGUGACCACGUCCAUAGACAAAUCGUCUUUUUUACCUCCACGCCCGGUGCCGGCGGCUCGUGCCCCGUGUGGAAAAUUGAUUUUUAAGUUAUUUAAUGUUAAAGUUUUAAAAAUGGAUACGAGAAAGUUAACGGAAAUUUUACGUGCCACCAUUGAUCCAAAUCAACGGCAGCAAGCUGAGGAACAACUAUCUCAGAUCCACAAGAUAAUAGGGUUCGCGCCGUCGCUCCUGCAAGUGGUGAUGUUAAAUGAGGUAGCUAUACCAGUCCGUCAGGCUGGCGUUGUGUACCUCAAGAACCUAAUCACGUCAGGAUGGCAGGAAAAGGAGCCAGAGGAGGGCGAGCCAAUACCCUUCAGUAUCCACGAGCAGGACCGAGCCAUGAUCAGGGACAUAAUCGUCGACGCCGUUAUACAGGCCCCUGACAUAAUCAGGGUGCAACUGUGUGUCUGUCUCAAGACCAUCAUAAAAUAUGAUUUCCCAGAGCGCUGGACGCAGAUUGUAGAUAAAAUUCACAUUUACCUCCAGAAUCCAGAUGCUAAUAGUUGGAUGGGAGCGCUUCUCUGUCUAUACCAGUUGAUAAAGAAUUACGAGUAUCAUUUAGCAGAGAAGAGAGUACCGUUGAUUGAGGCUAUGAAUCUACUCCUGCCUAUGAUGUACAAUCUCAUAGUGAAUUUGCAAGCCGACCAUUCUGUUGAAUCUGUGCUCAUCCAGAAGCAAAUACUGAAGUGCUUCUAUGGUUUAAUCAAAUACAUACUACCAUUGGACUUGAUAAGCCGCGAGACAUUUACCAAGUGGAUGGAGGUACUCCGGGCGGUCAUGGAGCAGCCGGUCCCUGAGCACACGCUGCAAGUGGACAUUGACGAGCGACAAGGGCUGCCGUGGUGGAAAUGCAAGAAGUGGGCCGUGCACACACUAUACAGACUGUUCGAAAGAUACGGCAGUCCCGUUAACGCUAGAGAGGAGUACGUGCAGUUCGCUGAGUGGUACCUCACGACGUUCACCGGAGGCAUACUGGAGGUUCUGCUGCAAGUGCUAGAUCAGUACAGAAACAAGGUCUACAUAUCGCCAAGGGUUCUGCAGCAGACGAUCAGCUAUAUCGACCAGUGCGUGAGUCACGCGCACUCGUGGAAGCUGCUCAAGCCGCAUAUGUUCGCCAUCAUCCAGGACGUGUUGUUCCCGCUCAUGUCGUACUCUGAGAGCGACGAGGAGCUCUGGAACACCGACCCGCACGAAUACAUACGGAUCAAGUUUGACAUAUUCGAAGACUUCGUAUCCCCGGUGACGGGGGCUCAGACACUACUCAUAUCCGCGUGCAAAAAGCGGAAGGGCAUGCUCGAGCGCACUAUGCACCUCUGCAUGCAGGUGCUCACCAGCCAGAAUGGAGAGUAUGGGCCGAAACAACGCGACGGCGCCCUGCACAUGGUCGGAACGCUCAACGACAUUCUCAUCAAAAAGAAGUUCUACAAAGAAGAAAUCGACUCUCUCCUCAGCCAAUAUGUGUUCCCAGAGUUCCACAGUCCACUGGGCUACAUGCGAGCCAGGGCUUGCUGGGUCCUGCACUGCUUCGCGAACAUUCGCUUCAAGACCGAGCCGUUGCUGCUCGAAGCAGUGCGGCUGACCAUUAACGCGCUGCUUACGGACGCCGAGCUGCCGGUGAAGGUGGAGGCCGCGAUCGCGCUGCAGAUGCUGCUCACGUCGCAGGAGAAAGUGCACAAAUACCUUGAGCCUCAGGUCAAAGAGGUCACCACAGAGUUGCUAAAGGUCAUUCGCGAAACCGAAAACGACAACAUCGCAAACGUUCUACAGAAGAUUGUGCCAAUGUACACCGAACAGCUGAUGCCGAUGGCAUUCGAAAUCACCGACCACUUGGCUACCACAUUUAGCAAAGUGAUCGAGACGGACUCCGGAACCGAUGAGAAGGCCAUCACGGCGAUGGGCCUGCUCACCACUAUGGAGACUGUGCUCAACGUGAUGGAAGACAACCCCGAGAUCAUGGCGCAGCUCGAGAAGACCGUGCUGCGUGUCGUCGGACACAUAUUGCACCACAACAUCAUUGAAUAUUACGAGGAAGCUAUGACUUUGCUCUGCAACCUGACUGCAAAGACCAUCUCCGAGGACAUGUGGAAGGUUCUGGAGCUGCUGUACCAGGUGUUUGAGAAGGAGGGCUUCGACUACUUCAUGGACAUGAUGCCGGUGCUGCACAACUACGUGACGGUCGACACGAACGCGUUCCUCUCCAACGAGAAUCAUAUACUGGCCAUGUUCAAUAUGGCUAAAGCGGUCCUCAACUCGGAUGCUGAAGAUGAGUCCGAGAUAUAUGCUGCGAAGCUUCUGGAGGUGAUGGUGCUGCAGUGCUCGGGCAAGAUCGACAACUGCCUGCCUUCGUUCGUGGAGCUGGUGCUGAACAGGCUCACCAGGAAAGUGAAGACCUCUGAGCUCAGGACUAUGUUACUGCAGGUCCUCAUAGCUAUCCUGUACUGCAACCCGCACCUACUGUUCUCAAUCCUUGACAAGCUGCAGGAGUCAGUCCCGAACGCGUCCAUCACACAGCACUUCAUAAAGCAGUGGAUACACGACACCAACUGUUUUAUGGGGCUACAUGACAGAAAGUUGUGCGUGCUAGGCAUCUGUACUCUGCUCGAGAUGGGUCCCCAGAGGCCGAAUCUUGAAGAGUUCAUCCCAAAGCUGCUGCCGUCGUGCCUGAUGCUGUUCGACGGACUCAAGCGGGCUUACGAGGCGCGCGCCGAGGCGGACGACGAGACCUCCGAGGAGGAAGAUGAGGAAGAGGAAGACGAAGAGGUACUUUCCAGCGAUGAGGACGACAUCGAGGAUAUGAACAGCGAGUAUCUAGAGAACCUCGCGCGCAUGGCGGUUAAGACGAGCGCAGCGCAGGGCGUCGACAUGACCGCCAAGAUCGACGACUACACGGACAGUGAUGACGUUAGUUCAUUAGACGACGAGGACUACGAGCCCGAGGACCCCGCUAUCGAGUGCUACACGACGCCGCUCGACGAGAAAGACUGCCCCAUCGAUGAGUACAUCAAGUUCAAGAACACUUUGUCAGCGUUGUCGACGACGGAGCCGGCGCUGUACCACGCGCUGACGAGCGUGCUCAACGAGGAGCAGCACAAGCAGCUGAGCGCGGUGUUCGUGCUCGCCGACCAGCGCAAGGCGCAGCAGGACAGCAAACGCAUCGAGCAGAGCGGAGGUUACUCAUUCACGGUGCCCGCCCAAGUCCCGACCAAGUUCAAAUUCGGCUCAUAAAUUAAUUGUUUAUAAAUGUUACAAUUAUCACUGCAUAUAUACAGAACAUCCGUUCUUAGUUCCUUAUCAAAAUAUAUUAUCUGAUAACAAAAUGGUUAUAUAUUAUGACAUAUGACAACUGGCUAUAAUGUGUUAUGUACUUUCUUCUUAAUAGUGUUUUCUUUUUAUAUUUAAAUUAAUUAAUAUGUGUUGGUUAAAAGAAAAUUAUUAUUUAUUAAUUUCGUUAUCGAAAUAGUCUUGAGUUUUUGUUUUCUAAUUAAAUCAAGCCAGUACAUUGUUAUCGCGUGUGUACUAAUGUGGAAAAUGAAAUAGAAUAGCACAAUUAUAUAAUUAUAAUGCAUGAAAGAAAUCCAUUCGAUUUGAUCAAUAAUUAUUGAUUAAUUAGCAUGAAAUUGCUUGAUAAAAACAGCCUAAAUUCAUAUGUAAAAUUAAUACAAGAGCUAUAAUCAACGUAACUGUUAUCCGAUUUAUAAAUAAAAUAAGAAUUAAAAAUGACUGUCAUUUGUUUUAAUUUUCGUACUUUAAUUAAUAUUUGACAAUAUAUAAAUACAUAUAUUGUUUGUUAAAUUAAUUUAGUUGUACUUAUUGAGAAAAGCAAACAAGACUAUUUCGAACUAAGAACGAGAUGUUGGUAAAUAAAUGGAAAAAUUUGAGAGUCCAAUUCGACGACCGCAAUAAACUAUUAAUAAAAUGCAAUGUGUUAACGAAUGGGCAGAUAGAAUUACAAUCUCAUUUAGAAUAAACGGAUCGGAAAGCAAAGCCUUUAAUAUCAAAUACAUGAAAAGCAUUUAGAGUAUCUUAUUGAGCUUCACACGAAUCGACACCGCGCAAUAUUUCUGUCGAUAAUCGAUAAAAAAAAAACACUUCGAUCAAUAAAAUAAAUUGUGAUAAAAAGGGAUCUUCUUACCAGUGUGGUGCACAUAGUGAAAAAUGCAUUUAGAAUGAUUUGUAGUUUACGUCUUUAUAAACUAACACCUAGAAUGAGCUUGAGAUGUAGAGGACAAACCAAAAAUCGAUAAAUUAAGCUAACUUUUUACAUGGCUGAUUUGGUUUACCUCUAACCUGAAUGCUUGUUACAACACGUACAUUGCUGUGUGAAUUAAAUUUUAAUGAAAUGAUGUAAUUAUUAUAACUAAUUCUGUUCUGUUCUAUAGAAUAAUAUCGGAUUUUCAAUGAUGUUGUGAUGCCAAAUGAAGUUUUCAUUAGGUGGUAACCCUCGACGUUCUGUCAUCCAUGGUGCUGUGUUAUUAAGACAGCAACUUGUCCAGGAUGCCACGCAUAGCUUUUCGUUGAGAAAACAAAACUCGGAGACGACGUUUGUCAACCUUAACAUAUUUAAAGUGUGCAUAAUGUAAUGGAUUCGAAAAAUCCAGAACAUGGAUUUAUUGAAGGUCUCGAACAUGGGGACAGCAUUUGACCUAGGAUUCAAGUUUAUGGAGCGGGUCCAAUCAGAAGAAUUAUGUUAAUUCUCAAUACUGAUCUGACUAAAUGCGGAUUGAUAGAUCUGCGAGGGCUCUUACGAGCUUUAUGUGACUAUUAUCACACUACCAAUUGGUGUUACAAUCGAUAACAUUUAUAUAUCAUAGUUAAUCGCCACAUACAUUUUAGAUGUUGUGUGUUUUAAUAAAAAAUAAUAAAAAUCAUUGGAUGUCGUAAACGAGGGCGAAGUUCACAUGAACAUAUCUGAAUCGACGACAUCGAUUCGAGUUGCCAUCCCAAAAAAAUAUGUUAUAACUACUGAGUAUAUAUCGAUAAAUGUGCUAAAUGUGUUGUUUAAACGUAUUUAAACGAUAUAAGAUCCGUGGUGUGUGUGUCGCCGCGCGGCGAUUUAGUGCUAAUAAGUUCCUCGGUAUCAAUAUUCUUGGUAGAUCUUUACUCGUUAGGCCUACAAUUUAAUAAUCAUACCUGUUUUAUUUACAUACACGCUGUUAUUGCACUUGCCUGACUUGUUUUCCAAAUUUUGACAAUCGACAUGAUUUUGUUCGUCAUAUCACGCUUUAUGCACAUUAAUUUAAGAGGCCUGUAUAUGCUAUUGUUGUAACGAUUGUUAAAAUUAGGUAAAGGCAAAUGGUUAAACAAUAUUAAAUUUACUAUCUACAAUCUACAUAUUGGAUGUCUAUUGUCUAGUCUGGUUUUCUUAUCCGGCAAUAAGUAGUAGAGACUUAAUACAUAUUAAUGUUAUUUUGUUGAUAGGUAUUUUUUCAAUUGAAGAAAUAUAAAUGUAUUAACGUUAUAUAUUUAUAUAGAACACAUUGCUGUUGCAUUCUGGUUUUUAAUUAGUUAAUUUUUUAUUAAAAUAUUUAAUAACUGACAUAAGUAAGACGUGCCAGUGGGCAUGCCGCGGCGGUGGAGCUCGCUCUACGAUUGUAAUUGUCGAUAAUAUUCGAUUGUGAUUAAAGGAGAUUGUUCUGCAUCGCACCAGAAGACUUUGGAAUUAAGGGCCAAGCUCAUAAUAUAUUUUUGUUACGAUAUAGUUGAAGUUAGACGCGCGCCGGCAUUAGCCGCGUAAGGCGGCCGAUAAUGAGAGACGCUUGUCGCCCGACUGGGGGUACCGUAAGUGUCUGCUACUAAAUUACAUUUCUAAACUGAUGCAUUAUGGAAUUUUUUGUUACAUAUUUAAUUAUUUGUUCUUUGAAAAUUGCGUACAUUUGCCAAUUAUAGUAAAAUGACGGGAAAUAUCAUUGGAUUAUCCGCAUCAUUUGUAUUAUUAUUAUUCUAUAAGGCAGCUUAGAUGUACCUAUACACAAUUAAAAAUAAUCUGUAUUUUUA